CGCCGGGGCCGCCCCGCCGUCCCUCGGCAGCGCCCGCCGGCCGCGGAUGCGCCGCUCCGCCCCGGCUGCCGGCGAAGGAAGAAAAGUUUGGGGGCGACUUAGGGCCGCGGGAGCGCCGGAGGAGGAGGAGGAUGCGCGGUUUCCCCGGCUGAUCGGGAAGGAAGGAUGACCGAGGGAGGAUGUGCACCAGCAGCCAGAUCAUCGGGAGCCUCCUGGUGCUCUCCGUGCUGGAGAUAGGGUUAGGGGUGUCCAGCGUGGCCGUGGGGGCGGUCAGUUUCAGCCUGGUCCUCACAGAGCAUAAACCUCAGCUGGGAGACUCUUCUCCGGUAUGGAGCGGGGUGUGUUUCUUGCUUUGUGGCAUAUGUGGAAUAUUGUGCGCCAAAAAAAAAUCUGGACUUGUUAUGAUACUUUUUUCUGCCUGUUGCAUCUGUGGACUAAUAGGAGGAAUCCUAAAUUUUCAAUUUCUUCGUGCUCUGACAAAGAAGUCAUCUGCUCUCUAUUCUUUGCAUCUUGCCUCCAUGUCUCUUGCAUGCAUUGGAAUUGGUGGUUGCACCCUUUCUUCAUGGCUCACUUGUCGGCUAGCCAGCUAUGAACAAAGGCGAAUGUUCUCAGAAAGGGAACAUUCAUUGCAUCACUCCCAUGAAAUGGCAGAAAAAGAAAUGACAGACAACCUAAGCAAUGGUGGCCCACAUCUGAUUUAUAAUGGAGGUGUAUAUUAAGAAAUUUUUAAAAGUUCCAUGGAAGGAAGUGGUUUUAGAAUUUUCUUCAGGAAAAAAAUAGACUCCAAGAAAUUAAAAAAUGAAACUAUCUUAGCUUUUAUGGCUCAAAUGUCACAACUGCAGACCAGCACAGUUGCAAUUCCCUUUUAGAACCAUGUUCAAAAUUUGUCUCCUAAACAUUUUGCGGAUAUACAAUAUUUAUUCACUUCCCGGCUACUCUCAGUUUCUUGUCUGAAUAAUCUUUCUGAAUUGUGAUAGUAUUUGAAAUAGACUUCUCAAGACUCUUAUUCUCAUGAAGACUCGAAAAUCAGAAAAAAAUUAAACUGAACUGCGUUUAGCCCACUCAAAGGAGAAGGCAGAGGAAGAAUGGCUCAGGGGAAUCUUUUUCUCCUCUUCACUUAGCAGCAUCUGGUGUAAUACAAUGGCUUCAGAUCAUGGCAUGGUACAGCAACACAUCUGCACAGUCCCUCUCCUCACAUUUUGAAUGCAUCCUGCCUCAGUUUUCUCAGUAGAUCAUAUCAAAAGAGAGUGCAAACUCCUCUUCCAAAAAGCUCCUAUUUCACAUCCAGAGUGUAAAUGAACAGUGUGCUGAAAACAACACCAAUGUCUUUGUUUUGAAAGACAGAAUGCUCUAAGAAUGCCAUAAAUCAAAACCUCAAUAAUGCCUUGUUGUAAAGAAAUUGUAAAUAUUUCCAAUUUGUGAAUGAAGUAUAUUUCGUAAUUUGUUCAUAAAAGAUGACAAAUAAAAUGAAAUCUAAACCAGA